GGAGAUGGACAACGUUGGCGGUGCUGCCAGACAACGGAGGUUCGCAUGUCAUCACCAUCAGGCUGCUUCCACAUGAUUUUCCGGCGCCGAACCUCUUUACGCGGUGGAGGUUUUCGACGCGUCGACUUUCAUCAUUCGAUUCUGCGCACUGCAAUAUCGCUAUCUGAACUAAUUGAGCAUUCCGCUUGAGUUGAAAUUACCUUUUCCUUUGUAUUCCUUUUUUCGUCGCUUUUCAUAAUGUCGGACUACGAGGAUGAGAUGGACGUGGACGCUCCCAAGGACGCGGUUCAGUUCAGUUCGGACAAUGCGAAUGGAAAAGCUAAGAGGACUGCUGCCGAUUUACCAGUUGGAGCUCAAGAUAAUCUUCCUUGGGUGGAAAAAUAUCGCCCAAAUACCCUCGACGAUGUCUCCGGACACCAGGAUAUCCUAGCUACGAUUAACAAAUUCGUUGACAUGAACCGAUUGCCUCAUCUCCUUCUCUACGGCCCCCCUGGAACUGGUAAAACAUCUACAAUUCUUGCGCUCGCAAGGCGGAUAUACGGCAGCAAGAAUAUGCGACAAAUGGUGCUUGAGCUCAAUGCAAGUGACGACAGAGGUAUUGAUGUCGUUCGGGAACAGAUCAAGACUUUUGCCAGCACAAAGCAAAUUUUCUCAAUGGCACCCUCGACAACACCUAGCGGCUCCGCACUCGGGGCGUUUAAGUUGAUCGUCCUCGAUGAAGCAGACGCCAUGACAUCUACUGCACAGAUGGCCCUGCGUCGAAUCAUGGAGCGAUACACCGCCAACACAAGAUUCUGCAUCAUUGCCAACUAUACUCACAAACUGUCGCCCGCUCUUCUUUCCCGGUGUACCCGGUUUAGAUUCAGUCCUUUGAAGGAAGCCGACAUUAGGGUCUUGGUUGACCAUGUGGUUGAGAAGGAGCAAGUGAAUAUACAACCAGAGGCGGUCGAUAGCUUGGUGACACUGAGCAAGGGUGAUAUGCGUCGUGCCCUGAACGUACUACAGGCCUGUCAUGCAAGCAGUAAACCCCUUCCUAUGAAGAAUGCUCCUAAGGACCAGCCAUCUCCAGAGCCGGAAAUGAUUACCAACGAGACGAUUUACGACUGCAUUGCUGCCCCUCACCCAUCAGAUAUCCAGGAAAUCAUGGCUACUCUUCUCUCCACCAGCGACGUCACAUCAUGUCUUAAUACCGUCAAUACGCUUAAGAUGAACAAAGGUCUUGCCCUAGCCGAUAUUCUGUCAGCUCUUGGGGAUCAGCUGCAGCAGCUCGAGGUCCCUGCCCAGACGAGAGUUACCUGGCUGGAGGGUCUUGCUGAGAUUGAGUGGAGAUUAUCUGGGGGAGGAUCGGAGGUGAUGCAGACAGGAGGAUUAGUCGGUGUUGUACGAAAUGGGUGCGAGCUGAUGGGGGAUAAGCGAUAAACUUCUAUUUUGCAUUUAUGUUAGCGAUACCUUAUUAGUCCUCGAUCUUUGUCAUUUACUUGAAAAGCAUCGAUACGUACUUAUGUCUCUAUUACCUUUGUUCAUUCUAAGUGGAGGCCAGUGUUGUAACGCUGCGGUAAUAUAAUACGAGCGAUUGUUGCUUG